AUGGGCUCUCGUCCACCUGAAGCAGAUUCGUUGUGGGAGUACGUUAGAGGCCAAGGUUUUGAAGUGGUUAUAUACGAUCGAAAUGUAGAAAGCAAGGAGAAGAAAGUUGAUUCAACUCUUGUGGUUGCUGGAAUGGAUGCUAUAUGGUCUAUGGAUCCUGGUGCAUUUUGUUUAGUAGCAGGCGACAGCGACUAUGAACCUGUAAAGGAGAAAAGUCUUUCCAUUCUCUGGAUGCUCAUUAUCAAACUUUUACACAUGCUUGCAGUAAUCCUAGGAAAAGUCAUGUACUUGAAAUAUCUGAUGGCGAAACAAUCAAAAAACGGGGUGAUUGAUGUACAGAUAGUGGAUUGUUUUGUCUCAUUAAAGUUAUUUGGUUGGUGA